GUCUAGAUAUUUCAUUUAGCGUUGCAGUGAAAAUAACACUGGGGUUAUUGUGCCGUCGCCCGUCAAUAUAGCGAGCCUGUAGUUAGUAGGGAGGUGUUUACACUGUCGGCUGCAUCUCUUGUUAUUUAUUGUCAUUUGUGUCGCGAAAAUGCUCGCAGAAAUUUCGCACUUGCACGUGUUAGACUGAAAAGAAGGCUACGAUCAAAUUCCGAAAGUAGUUGGACUACUCUGCAGGCGGGAACGGCAAGUUGCCGGCGUGAUGUCCGAAACACACCCUCCGCCGUCGGAUGCUCACGACUGGGGCGAAUCGGCAAACACCGGCACAAACUCUGACGCAGCUCCGCAGUCUGGUGUCGAAGACGGCACUAAGGAUGACUCGGCGCCGAUGGAAACAGUGGCUCUAGAGACGACCGACAUCUACUCAGAGGACUCUGAUCCAGGUAAGGAGGCAGACCUGAAGCGGUACUUCAGCAACACGCCAACAGAUGCGACCGCCUGCUCCUUCUUCGAUUCGCUGGCCGUGAGCGCGUCACCCAUGAUGAAGAGCGUCUCGGAAGUGAACAUGGCGCAGAAGGCGGGCACAGCCCUGGAGGAUGUAGUUCCAGAAGCACCGCUCAUAAAUGAGAAGCCACCUGAGGAUUCUGUGUACUUCUCUCUCGGCGACAGCUCCGUUCAAGGAUCCGAGGUCGCUGUCAUUGCACAGGAAGCUGUUGAAGGCCCAACGCCCUCUUACUCGAUGCCUGCACAAGAGCCCGCUGUUGUGGAGUCGCCCGAGAACAGAAAUACCUCGCGGAGCGUCAGCGAAGAAGGACCAUCGUUGAGCAAGUUCUUCUCAAGCGACUGCAGUGGUGGGGAUCAGGAGGGAAAGGCGUUCUUCGACGUCCUCGCUGCUGGCAUAGCUGGCGUCGAGCUGUCUGGGCGGUCAUCGGGCAGUGCAAGCCCCAUUUCAUUUGUGCAGGAGCCUUGUAUGAUGACAGAGCCCGUGGAGGACAGUGACAUCUGCGCUUAUGACAGCUGGCUGCCGUCGGCCGCGACAAGAGACUUCCUGACCAGACUUGCAACAUCCGAGCCUGGCACUGUCUUCCCGGAGCGCGAACACCUCACCAUGCCUGGUGUCAUUAUCGAUGAGUCCCAGGUGGAUACCGUUCGGUCAUUGCUUCAGGAGCACAUCAUCGAUGAGGCCAAUGCUCGUCGUACACUGACUGUCGAUGACGUUCCGCAGAGUGAAGAUGGACUGAAGCAGCUCAUUGGGGCCCAGUGCCACAAUGCGGCCAUCAACCUGACAACCAGGCUACUGACCAGCAUUGGCCAAGGAGUCGGAGCUGGAGGUCAUCCAUCUAGGCAUAGCCCUUACUCACUCCAGCUGUGGUACACGCGGCUGGCGCUCUUUGUGAAACAGCGCAAGUUUGCCUAUGCGGAGGUUGAGGGCGAUGCCUUUGGGGACCUGGAUAAACCGGACCUGUUCUACGAAUUCUAUCCAGAUACCUACCCAGACAAGCGAGGUUCGAUGGUGCCAUUCGCCAUGCGUUUGCUGCUGGCUGAGCUUCCGCAGUUCCAGGGAAACCACUGCACGGCUCUCAAUUCCCUCUACAAACUCCUCAAUGUUGUGCACAGGAUUCUUGGAAAUUUAACAAAUGGCAUAUCUGAAGACGGCAGCUUGCUGGACAUGAGUGAACAGUUGAGACAAGCAUCCAUGAAGUUAUGGGAAGACCGUGAGUGCCGAGUCUACUUUGCCAUCCUCAACUGUGUCCUCAACCAAAAGGACUACAUAGUGGCCAUCAAAGUGGCCAGGAUCCUGCUUGAGAAGAACAGUGGACGCAAAGCGCAGCUGCAUUCAGCCAUCGGAAGGAUAUACCUCCAGCUUGGGGAUGUGGAAACAGCUCAGAGCCACUUCCACAAAGCUGAGGCCCUGUACCACAGCAUGGCUUUGGAGGGGAGACUCGAAAUUCUCAUUAACAAAGGUACAAUGGCCCUGGCUCUGAACAACUAUGCAGAGGCAUAUCACUUUUAUGAGGAAGCCAGCAAGCUGCAGCCAAAGAAUCCCCUGUUCAUCAACAACAUGGCUGUCUGCCUUCUCUACCUGGGCCGGCUGAGCGAGUCAGUCCACCUGCUAGAGUCGACGAUGCACGGUGACCCCGCGCUCUGCUUGCACGAGGGCUACCUCUUCAACGUGUGCACUCUGUACGAGCUGCAGUCGUCCGAGGCGGUCGCCAAGAAACGCAGCAUGUUGAGGCUUGUCGCCAAGCACGCGGGCGACGGCUUCAACGUGGCCUCGCUCAAGCUUCAGCCGGCCAAGACGUGACGCUGACUGGGCAGCACGCUGUUGUAGAAAGUCUCGCCAUGCAACAGGCUAUGCAUCGAUGACAGCAGACAGUCGAGUCUCCUGCAGACUUGCGUUAAGUGCUGUUUACGUCCCUUCAUUACGUGUGGUUGAUGGUGCACAUCCUGAUGCGCAAAAGCACAUUGCCUGUCGGGCUGAUAUGGUGUAUCAGCCAGUUUCAAAUGGUUAGGCCGCGUGGGAGCAUUGUGAUAGAUGUCAAGGAAGUAGAAAUGCAGACGACACAGGGACGAAAUGUAAAGAGCACAGAGAAGCUAUAGAAAGAAGUUCAAGCGCAGUAAAAGACACAGCAGUGCAGUAGACACGCAUUCACUUAUUUUGUCAAUGUCGUCUAUUGCACUUGAACAUUCUUCUCUGUGCCUGGCCAAAAAGGCCGGACCUCUACGUUCUUCAAGCUGCACAAACAUGGCACGCUCUUUUGGAACCUUUAGUUCGUUGUCAUUUACAGAACUGUUCUUAAAGGAGUAAUGUGAACUCCAUCACUCAACUUUCACCAUCGUGAAAGAGUCAAUGCACAUGUCAGUUUUCUGUCGACUUGUGUUAUGUAUGACAUGUAUGAGCAGUAAUGUUGGCUCGUUCUCUGCAGUUAACCAUUUUGUGUACUGGUACUAGAAAGCAUUGGUCUGCCGGUCUGACACGGCAUACCAAACAUAUUUAAAAUAACUGUCGACAUUCAAGUAUCAUCCUGAACCUCAAGUUAGGUUCGAUAAUUCAGCUUGAUGCUGUGUUUGGCUACCUUCCACGAUAGGUUUAGCUCAACUUGUACAUAUUAAUGUUGAUUGGCUAUCAGUUUAACACUGCAUCACAUGCAAUGUGGUAUAAUUAGUCAUAGUAAUCAGUGUCUGAGGGCAAGUCUGCCACAGGCCUGUUGCUUUACUUUGUGUUAUAUAUUAAGCCAAUAUCUUAGUUGAAUUCAGUUUAAUUCAGAACUUUCAUGAUGUAGGAAACAAUUGCUUGUUGCUUUAACAUGGUGUAAUGCCUAGUUAUGGCUAAUCAGAUAUAACUAAUUGUAUUUAAUGAUUUAAGGAUUGAGUGAUAUUAUUAGUAUGAACUAUGAUCAGAAGCACACAUUCACAUUUUAUAUACCAUAUUUACUCGAUUCUAACAUGCCCUCGAUUGUAACGUGCACCCAUGUUCCGUGAUUAAAAAAAAAAAAAAAAACGCCCUCGAAUUUAAUGCGCACCUCAUUCUUUCAUACAGGAAUACAACUUUCUCUCAUUUGGAAAAACAAAGACUUACUCCCAGUACACUAAAGUUGCAAUAAAUAAAAAAUGUCGCAGUUUCACCCGAAAGGCGAAGCAUUGAUUACGAUAGCAAAUUAGUAGACAUCUAUACGAAAAGGAUAGCACUUUUAUCAGCCGUAUAAAUUUUUAAGCAUUCGCUAACUAACUAAAUUAACAAGCAUGGUGUCGCACGCACACAAGCGAGCACGAACACGCCUCACGCAAUGACCGCAGAAACUUUAUCAAAACGCUGGAGUGGGGAAUUGCAGUAGCAGGAGUGAGCGAAUUGACCUUUGUGCGGAUACGUGCACUAAGCAACGAGAACACAGCGCGGUGCGCCUAGAUGCGUAGACUCUUGUCUCCAUCGCAGAUCGCUUUCACGAUAGGGGCCGCACGGCCGCAUCGUCCGUCGCAGCCACCAGAGUAGAAAGCUUCGCCUGUUUGCGCCAGUCCUGCACGCAAGCUUCGGGAACUCCGAACGGCCAUGAUACGGCCUGAUUUCCCUCCGUCUCCGCACAUGUGACCACUUUUCUUUUAAUUGCGGCAUCGUGAUGAACUCGGCAUGUCUUUGCAGUUGGCACUACCAUGUUGAUAGAGCAAACACGGAAAACGGGAAGACCGGGAAGACGGACGGUGCACUAACCUAAGCACACAUACUAUAGCACAUGGAGGCGGCCAUUUGGAAUUCCUAUGGCAAUAUGGUAACGCAAAUUUAGGGUCGUACUCGAUUCUAACGCACAGGCUAUUUUUGGACACGUUUUAUCGGAAGUGCGUGUUAGAUUCGAGUAAAUAUGGUAAAUUGUAUUCUACGAUACAUAGCCUACCAAGGUGGAUUUGCAGUAGACACACUUCUGCUGUUGAAUUUCCUCUUUGCUUCAAAAUCCUGUGCGACCACUCUUGUCUAGCAGCAUCAGUAACUAUUGCAACGACGCAUUUUACGUGCACCAUGAAAGCAUGGGCGAAGUGUACAUGUUCAGUGUGUCUUCUUUUUUCAGCUGAUGUAUGACAGUCCACAUGUUACAUUGGAAAUGUUCCAUGAGAUAUGACAGUGUGUGUAGCAAGUCAGUGGUUGUACUUUGAUGAUCAUGCAGAUACUAUGUAUAGUAAAAUAACCUGAGCCUUCAUGCAAAUUUUAUUCAUAAUCCACCUAAUGCUGCACUAUAUGAACCCCCUGCUCUAAUAAAGCAUAUAAUCAGA